AUGGGAACUAACAUACAAGCAGACCAACUGAAGAUGCUCAAAGAGUUUGUGCUCCUAUGCCAGACCAGCCCAGAUGUUCUGCAUCUUCCAGAGCUGAGUUUUUACAGGCACUACCUAGAAAGCUUAGGGGCCAAGAUUCCUCCCCCUACACACAAGGCAGAACCAGAGAAGAAGUCCCACCAGGAGAAACCCUCGACUAGUGAUCAUGCUGAAGAGGACCAGGAAGUAGACGAGGAGCCGGAGGAGAUUGAAAGUGAUCUGGAGUUGUCCUUGGACGGAGUCAUAGAGGACAACGAUGAGGACAUGCCGGUGUAUGCUGAUGAGGCUGCGGAAGUCACUGAUGAGAUGAUUGAUGAGGCAAAUGAGAAGCGAUCAGCGGCCAUGGAUGCUGCUUCUGAAGGCCGACUGGAAGAUGCGAUAGACUUGUUCACAGAAGCCAUCAAACUGAACCCUUCAUCUUCUCUCAUGUACGCCAAGAGAGCCCACUUGUACGUCCGACUGAACAAACCCAAGAAGGCAAUUCACGACUGCACAAAGGCAAUAGAACUGAAUUGCGACUCAGCCCAAGGAUACAAGUGGCGAGGAAAAGCCUACAGAAUGUUGGGCAUGUGGGAGGAGGCCUACCAUGACCUGACCUUGGCCUGUAAGCUGGACUACGAUGAUGAGUCCAAUGCCCUGCUCCAUGAGGUGACACCAAAUGCAAAGAAGAUCAUGGAACACAAAAGGAAGUAUGAACGUAUCCGUGAGGAAAGGGAGCUGAAGAAAAGAAAAGAACGCAUCAGGAAGGCACGUGAAGAAUAUGAGAAAAUGAAAGAGCAGCAGAGCUCACACGGUGAUACUGAUGGUGGAUUUGCAGGCUUCCCAGGUGCUUUCCCAGGUUCUGGAGGUGGCAUGCCAGGAAUGCCAGGACUGGCCCAACUGCUGCAGGAUCCAGAACUCCUACAGGCUUUCCAG